UUUUUUUGUUCAGGUUUUAGCUUAUUAACAAAAAAUAAAUUUAUUCAUGAGUGCAAAGCCAUUUAGAUUUCUUAGAAGAUCUCCUAGAAUAAAGAAAAAUGAAGAAAACAAAGUGAGCACAAGUAUACAAGAUAUGAACUUAUGUGGGGCAGAAACUUUUGGUGAAACAGUGCACAAACCAAAAAUAAAAUCACGUAGAAGUCAAAAUGAAAUGAAUGUUUCGGAGCGGUCACUCAAGAGAAUGCGUAGUAGUAACUUAUCAUUGGCAAGUUUUGAGGGUGUUAUGCCCACUCCAAUGAAACGUUUGAAGCCUUCCACCAGCAGUACAACUAGUAGAAAUUUACAGGAAGACAAGGAAAAUCAGAAGGCUCCAAGGAAAAAGUUCAGUACCAGAGUUGCUGCUCUUGCUAAGGGAUUUUCACCAGGUUCUUUGAAAAAAAAUGGGUCUCCAGUUCAGAGAUCAUCAAGUCUCAAUUUGCCAAACUCUGCUACUCAGAACUCUGCUACUCAGAAUAUACCAACUCAUUUUACCUUUAAAAAAUACAAGCAAUGCACAACUCCAACAAGGCGUAGAAGUUCUAAGUUGUGGGUAGAAUCUUUAGAGAGAGAUGUUCGUGAUUGGACUCCUCAGCAAAUAAGGAGACAAGAGGCAAUUUAUGAACUUUGUUGUGGUGAAAUUGAUUUAGUUGAAGAUUUAAAGUUGCUUCAGGAGGCGUAUUUCAAUCCUGUGUCAAAACUAAAACUAUUGGAAAAUAAUGAUUUAAUGAGUAUAUUUGGUAGUAUACAAGCUUUGAUUCCACUUCAUGAAGACCUUUUACGUCGUAUCAAUGAGGUAAAGAAUGAAGAUGGUAGUAUAUAUGGUAUUGGUGUUGUACUAAUGGAAUGGAUACCCACACUUCAACCUUAUAUUUCUUAUUGUGCAAAUCAGUUACAAACCAAAGAAACUUUGCUUGAUAAAAUUAGAGAAAAUAAACAAUUUGCAGAUUUUUUACAACGAUGUCAAGAGUCUCCAUUUAGUCGUAAGUUGGAUUUAUGGUCAUUUUUAGACUCUCCCAGGAGUAAAUUAGUUAAAUAUCCAUUGUUAUUUUCUAAUAUUCAUAGAUAUACACCAAAAGAUGAUCCAGAUAGAGCAAUACUUUAUAGAUCAAUAAAACAAAUAGAAGGUAUUAUUAAAGAAGCUGAUAAAAUAACUGGUGUUUCAAAGUGUAUUUUCUAUAAAGAACGUCUCACUUUUUUUGAUAAUAACGAAUGCAAGUCACAACUUGAUGAAGCUCAGACUCUAGUUUGUCAUGGUUGUUUGAAAACAAAGAGUGGCACUAAAGUUGAAGCUUUCUUGUUCGAUACCGUUUUUUUGUGCAGUCGACUCAUAACUAGAAAUGGAGUUAAAAAUUAUCAUGUCUUUUUGCAGCCUAUUCCUGUUGUUGAUUUGGAAGUCACAGAUUUAAAUGAUGGUGAGCAUCGUUUAGGUGGAUCUUUUCGAACAACUCUUACAAAAAAUUCAACUGCCAAGCAUGCUAUUCGUGUUUCUAUGAAAGACUUAAGAAAAAGCAAAUCCGUCAUUUUACAAGCUAACGACCAACAUGAUAAAAAACAAUGGCUUAAUUCCUUUCAAUCUCUCCUUAAAGAAAAAAAUAACGUUGAAGUAAAAUCCAGUUACAGUGAUCUUGUUGAUCGUAUAAAUAUUUCGUGUUCAUCUGAUUUGUGAAAUAUAUAACCAGGUGUUUAUAGUAAAUGCGCCAUAUUAGCCAUACAACAUUUUUAAUAAACUUGUGUAUAAACUAUUUUUUUAAACUUGGCUGAGA